AUGACGAGAACCGAUCCACCAAAUAAUACUAUGCACUGGGGCAUUAAGAGCUCCACCAACCCCGAGGAUGGCGGCAGAAUUGAUUCGGUCGCUGGUCAAGAUCUGAGACCUAAAGGGCGCAUCCGACGAUCAAUGACUGCGUGUAACACAUGCCGCAAGCUCAAGACUCGCUGCGAUGUCGAUCCGCGUGGCCAUGCUUGUCGUCGCUGUUUAUCUCUGAGGCUUGAGUGCGAACUCCCGGAGACAAACGAUCGGUUCCAGGAUAAUGCGUCAACCUGGUCAGAUGCCAGUGCCAUUCCAUCGAUAGAGGAGCGACUGGUCUCGCUUGAACGUGGCAUGGGGGAGAUGAUUCAUCUCAUGCGGCAGAUGGUGAACCAUUCCCCCACUACGUCUAGCAGCUUCACUUGGCAGGCGAGAAGCAACAGCAUAGACGGCACAGUUUCAAAUGACAGUGCUUUAUCUCCGCUAUAUUCCAUCAAGCCGGCACAGCUUAUUCGCGAUUUGCAAGUCGAAUGUUUUGGAGAAAGAGAUCACUUCUCCGCCGAUGCUGAUAUCCUCGGUGACAUUGUCACUCAAGGAAUUAUCGAUUCCAAGCUCUCCGUGAAAAUGAUCGAGUUUUUCGUUGAGUAUUUCGGCCAUUGGAUUUCAAUCGAUCGCCCUUCCAGCAUUCAACAUAAUACUCUUCUCUUCAACAUUGCUUGUCUUUUAGCUUCACGUUAUCUUCCUGGUUUGCCGCAACAGACCGUUCACGAUAUCUCAGUUCAUGUACAACAUGCCGUGGCGAAAAUGCUAUGGAAGCCCCCGCCCCUGACAAGCGACAUGCUACAAGCGUUGACAUUACUUUGUCUUUAUUCAACAUCUGUCCAAAAAGAAGGACUCAUGGAUGACUGGUUACUGAGCGGGAUCUCAAUCAACCAUGCCCUCAUCUCCUUCAACUUCCUCAACUCAUCACCGGGAGAUAAUUCCAACUCCGAUGGGUUACUUUCUCAAAUGCGUCUUUGGAAUACUCUGUGUGUCACUCAACUACACUCGGCCCUCGCAAAUGGUCGCACUGUCAACAUUCAACCGCAAUACAUUGAUCAAUGCCCCCGGAUUCUGGAACACGCAGGCGCCACGCCAGAGGACGGGAGAAUUGUUGCAGAAAUUCAACUAUACCGUAUAUCCCUCAAACUCCAACAAAGUCCACAUCGCCUCCAAUUCACCGACGAUUACGAAGAGAUCGAGCGCUGGAAAAUGGAAUGGGCACAUCUACUCGGUAAGCCUGACUUGAAACUCACCCAAAGUAUUAAGACUAAUAAACCACAAGCCAGCAGCGAAGACUCCUCCCUCGAACUAAAUCUAUGGUUCUGUCAACUCCUCCUGUAUCGUACAGCAGCCCGAAUCCACCUCGACAGCGACCGUCUCAUCCCAGAAAUAUGCGGAAAUGCCCGCCUAAUAAUAUCCAAAUUCCUCCAAACCAGCUUUUCAUCCGCCCCGGCUUUGAUCGACCACAUCUACUUCAUUGUCGGUUACGCAGCUCUCACAUUAUGCGACUACAACCCCUCCGACCCACUCAUCAAUCAAGUCCGCGGCUUCAUGCUACACCUCGCACCGAGUGGAGAUAACAUCUCCUAUAAGAUUGCCUGUAUCGUUGGCGAAAUGCAGCGCCGCUACUCAGAGGCAUCAACGGUUGUUUCUGAAAAUUCGUCCCCUACGGAAGUGAAGGGGGUACCUAUAUUUGGAACCCAUCAUUCCCGCAUUGGGAUGGAUAUCUCACAACUUAUGCCGGCUUCUCAAGCACUGAAUUCACUCGUUGAGGGAUACGAUUGUCUUCAGCAAUUAAUGCCUGGGUUUGCCUCUCAGCCUAUCUCGCAACCUAUCUCACAACCGUCGUUUGAGGCUGCAGAUAUGUUUCAGCAUUCGGCUCCUGUUAUCGGUGGAGCUAUGCCAGUGGGGUUGGUCCCGAGGGCCUUGCAUGAUUGGUGA